AUUAGUUCCUACCAUGAGUAUUUAGAGCCCGGUCUCGCCUUCCGGACACGUUAUUGUUGCAUCAGCGUCCAGAAACCCAGAACCGGUGGCGAUGUCGAACUCGGGAGAACAAGCCUUUGAGUAUGGCUUCUUGCUACAAAUAAAUGAGGAAGCCGCUCUUGAAGCGGCACUGAAUGACUACCUAACCACUCGCAGUUACCUGGCUGGUUUCAGCCCCUCGCAGGUUGACCAGAAAGCCUUUAAGCUCCUCCACAGACCCCCAGACCCCCAGCAUGUCCACGCUCUGCGUUGGCACAGACAUAUAACAGCCCUGCAGCAGGACCUGAGCCCGCAAAGCAGCAGGAAAGGAAGGCGGGUGCAGCCUCAGUGGUCUCCACCAGCUGGAACAGAUGUUCCCCAACUCCGACUCUACAACAGUCUCACCAGAGCGAAGGAGCCAUUUGUUCCUCAGAAUGGGAACAAGGUCACGUGGUACAGCUGUGGACCGACGGUGUACGAUGCCUCCCACAUGGGACAUGCCAGAUCAUACAUCUCCUUCGAUAUUCUACGGAGGAUUCUCAGGGACUACUUCAUGUAUGAUGUCUUCUACUGCAUGAACAUCACCGACAUCGAUGACAAAAUCAUUAAAAGGGCACGUCAGAAUUAUCUUCUGGACCAGUACAAAGAGAAGCAACCCAAAGCUGCUCAGAUACUACAGGACGUGCUGACCGCCCGAGUGCCAUUUCGGGCCCGUUUGACCUCGACCACAGACCCGGAUAAGAAGCAAAUGCUAGAAAAGCUCGACGUCGCCAUCAGCGCCGCUCUGCAGCCUCUGCAGGCAGCCAUGGACAGCAAAGCAGCAGAUGAAGUGGUGGGACCUCUGGCCCAACGACUACUGGAUGAUUCCAAGGACUUGCUGUCUGACUGGCUGGAUGGUCAGUUUGGAAGUGAAGUGACGGACAAUUCCAUCUUCUCAAUUCUGCCUAAAUAUUGGGAGGGGGAAUACCAUAAAGACAUGGAGGCCUUGAAUGUUCUUCCUCCUGAUGUCCUGACCCGUGUCAGUGAAUACGUACCAGAGAUUGUGGAGUUUGUGAAGAAGAUCGUCUCAAACGGCUACGGAUAUGAAUCCAAUGGUUCCGUUUACUUUAACACUGCAAAGUUUGAUGCCAGCGCGCAGCACUCGUAUGCCAAACUGGUGCCAGAAGCAGUUGGAGAUCAGAAGGCCUUGGAGGAAGGAGAAGGUGAUUUGAGCAUUUCUGCUGACAGAUUGAGUGAGAAAAAAUCCCCCAAUGACUUUGCCUUGUGGAAGGCGUCAAAGCCUGGAGAGCCUUCGUGGGAUUCUCCAUGGGGGAAGGGAAGGCCUGGCUGGCAUAUUGAAUGCUCUGCCAUGGCUGGCUCCAUUUUGGGAGAGUCUAUGGACAUCCACGGUGGGGGGUUCGACCUCAGAUUCCCCCAUCAUGACAACGAGCUGGCUCAGUCAGAGGCUUUCUUCGAGAACGAUCACUGGGUCCGCUACUUCCUGCACACCGGUCACCUUACCAUUGCAGGAUGCAAGAUGUCUAAAUCUCUGAAGAACUUCAUCACCAUUAAAGAGGCCUUGGCAAAAAAUACAGCCCGCCAGCUCCGUCUAGCUUUCUUGAUGCACUCGUGGAAAGAUACCCUUGACUACUCCCCCAACACCAUGGAGUCUGCAGUUCAGUACGAGAAGUUCCUCAACGAAUUCUUCUUGAAUGUGAAGGACAUUUUACGUGCUCCUACGGACGCCACCGGCCAGUUUGAGAAGUGGGAGGGAGCAGAGGUGGAGCUUAACAACGGCUUCUACGUGAAGAAGUCGGCCGUCCACGAGGCUCUGUGUGACAACAUGGACACCCGCACAGCCAUGGAGGAGAUGAGGCAGCUGGUCGGCCAGAGCAACAGCUACAUCGCCGGCAAGAAGAGCAGCAGGCUGAGACCCAACCGUAUGCUAACGGGGAGCAUCGCCGUGUAUCUCACCAACAUGCUCAAGAUAUUCGGCGCCAUCGACGGAUCGGAGUCUGUUGGUUUCCCCGUGGGAGGACAAGGACAGAAUGUUGAUCUGGAGAGCACGGUGAUGCCGUACCUCAAGGUCCUCUCGGAGUUCCGAGAGCAAGUGCGACAAAUUGCCAGACAGCAGAAGGUCAUGGACUUGCUACAGCUCUGCGACGUUGUCCGCAAUGAUACAUUACCAGAACUUGGUGUCCGACUGGAGGAUCAUGAAGGACUGCCAACCGUGGUGAAACUGGUGGACAAGGAGACCUUAAUGAAAGAAAGGGAUGAGAAGAAGAAGCAGGAGGAAGAGAAGCAAAGGAAGAAAGAGGAGGCAGCCAGGAAGAAAGAAGAACAGGAGAUGGCAAAACUUGCCAAAAUGAAGAUCCCGCCAUGUGAAAUGUUUCUCGCGGAAACGGACAAAUACUCCAAAUUUGAUGAAUCGGGUUUCCCCACUCACGACGCCGAAGGGAAGGAGCUCAGCAAAGGACAAGCAAAGAAGCUGCGCAAGCUUUUUGAGACGCAAGAGAAGUUGCACAACGAGUAUCUCAUGAGCCAAAAUGGCAACUAAGCCCCGCCCUUUACAUUCUUCACGCCCUGAAAUCCAUCCAUGGACCCCAGGUUAAGAACCCCCUCCUUGGACUGCCUCCCCACGCUGACCUACCAUGAAAACAUCAUGUUUCUAGAUACAAAUGCAAUAAAAAUAAAACUUUGACGUCUCUAUACAGAAA